CCGUCAAAGAACCAAAACUCGCUCAGCAAACACCCUUUAUCAAAGCAAAACGUUUUGAAGAGCACAAACCCCCUUUGCAAAGUACUUGGACUUUCUACAUAUUUGCCAUAGGAUCCUUCUCCCUGCAUCCUUCCAAGAAAUCGAUCUUCCCAUCACCGAGGUCUUCCGUUAUCCGCCUGCAUACAAUCUCGACUCGACUACCAUCAUAACUAAAGAUGCUCUCUCGUGCUCUGUUUACUGUGGCUGUUGCCGCUUCUGCCGCUAUGGCUGUUGCUCUCCCCAAGGAGAUUGCCCUUCCCAAGGAAGUCGUACCUCAAGCAGUUGUCGCCGCUGUUGAUGGAGUGGAAGGCAACCCAUGGACGCUCGUCUCUCCUGAUGGUACUUGCGGUGGAAACACCAAGUACACUUGCAUUGGCUCUCGCUUUGGCGACUGCUGCAACACAUACGGAUUCUGCGGUGUCACAGAUGCUUUCUGCGGCGCAGACUGCUUUGGCCUGGCUGGACUCUGCAGCGCCGACAUGCAAGGUUCUGGCACCAUCGACCGUCCCAGAGCCACACAUGUUCCCUGGAAGCCAACUGUCCAUCACGACCCUCACUUCAAGCCCUCUUACGUGAUUGACAAUGGCGAGAGAGCCCCCAACCAAGUCUGGUCAUGAUCAUCUGGAAACGAUUUUUUUUGACUACAUUCGACUUCUACACGAUCUAUCCACGAUUACACACAAUCUACGACCACGACUUUAGGGACCUCUUCUCUCCCAAUCAAUCCGUCAACCUUUUUACUUUCCAGCGAGGCGUUCUGGGCAAUCAUCGACCGCAUCCUCCCCUCUGAAGAGGGUCCGAGGCAAAAACCACUUCACUUCUUAUAUCUUCUUACCACCAGCCUUAUAAGGCCACGAACCGAACUAUCCUGCCUCUUCUGGUCUCGAUUCUUUCUAUCUUCAUUCACUUCAUCUUUAUUGCAACUCUCUGGUCUGCUUCCUUUCAUGUCGCUCACUGGCUGUGUAUAAUGUAUUUUCUCUAUUCUUUAUACUUGAUUCGUGUUGGAGCGAAAAAGGCAUCUAGCUCCUUUUUGGUUCGACCACGUCUGAAAAACUUGGACCUUUGUCCAAUGAGCUCGCUA